CCCCCCCCUCCUCCUCCAUCCUUCAUUCCAGCUCAUCACUCAACAUUGGCUCUUGAAGACUAAAGUCUCUUCUGACCAUUUACCCUCUAUCAUUCAUCUCCUCUCCUCUACCUUUCAUCAUCCUUCGUCCACUCUCGUCAUAUACGCAUAAUCUCUUUUACUUUUCUAUAUCUCUCUCUUUUUUACUUUUCCUUUCUGUCUCGGCCAGUGUUGACCUUUUUUAGUCUCCUCUAAUUACAGCCGUCGUUUCUCUUUUCUUCAUUACCCUAUCGGCGCCGAUAUAGUCUCCUUUCCACACCAUGGCGUUCACAUUCAAGCGUCCCCAUCUCCUCAACCCCUUCUUUAUCUUCAUCCUCAUCUGUAUCCUAAUCCCAAUUGGCUACAACUUUGUUGAUUAUGAAUUGACAUGGCACACCAAGAUCGGUCCCAAUUACUUUUAUAACCAACGUGAUUACUAUGUACUUGGUCUUUGCAUUGCUCCUUCAGUUUUGGGCCAUUUCGCCACCAUCUGGGGUCACUACUACCGCGCCGAGCGUGAAUUCCAACACAGUAUCGCCAAAGUUACUGCCCCUGCCUCUGUCAACCAAAAGAUCUCCCUUUGGGAGCGUCAUAUCUGAUUUAACCUUCUUCAUCGUCCCAAUGGUCUAUGGCACCGGAAACAUGGUUGCACGCUUUGGAGUGGUUAGCGGUGUUGGUCGUAUGAUUGGUAAUGCCAGUGGCUAUACUAUCGUUGCAUGCUGCGGCAUGAUCUUGUUCUUGGUCCUCCGUCGCUCUAUGCUUCAUGCCAUUGGCUUCACCUACUCAGAAAUCAUCCCUCUUCACAGAUGGUUGGGUGCUGCCAUCGUUGGCUGGAGCACCAUCCACGCAAUCGGAUACAUCACUUACCUUGGUAACGAGGGCAAACUCCAGAGUGACAUCAACUUUUAUGAUCGCAAUCGCGGUACUAUGAAUAUGAUGGGUGUGUUCGCCUAUGGCGCUGUCUGUUUUCUUGGUCUUGGCGCAAUCCCCCAGGUCCGUAGACGCUGCUACUUGCUUUUCUUGAGCUCGCAUCGUUUCAUGACCGCUGUUUUCUUUGUCGGCAUGGUGACCCACUACCCCAGCCCCAUGCUCUGGUACUACCUCUUGCCCACCAUCGUCCUCUUUUUGGUCGAUCGCUUCGUCCCCAAGAUGAUGAUGGCCCGCACUGUCGAGCCCGAGGCCACUUGCUCCCUCAAUGCUGAUGCUGAUAUCAUUCGCUUGACCUUCACUUCACCCGAACCCAUGAAACCCUACUACCCUGGCGAUUACAUUGCAGUUCAGAUCCCCCAGAUCGGAACUCUUUACCAUCCCUUCACCAUCGCCUCAUACUGGCCUGAGGACCCUUACUCCAUGACUUUGUUCAUCCGUACCUUCGAAGACUCGAAACUCAGCUGGACCCACGCACUUGCUCGUCUCUGUGGUAAUGAGGAUAAGCGUAUCCGCGUCAGGGCGAAUGUCGACGGUGUCUUUGGUGACCGCCGCCAUGACUACCUCAAGUCUGAGACUAUGAUCAUCUUUGUUGCUGGUGCUGCCAUCACAACCUUUAUGGCCUUGAUCAAAGCCAUCGCUGCCCAGAUCGCUGCUUCAAAUGAACCUCUCCGCACCCAACUUCACUUGAUUUGCACAUUCCGUACCCGCAGUGAGCUCCACGCCUAUGGUUCGUUCUUGCAUCAGAUCACACGUGACCCUCGCUUCACUUCCUGGUUGCAUGUUGAGAUCUAUGUCUCCCGUCCUGAUAAGCCCAAGACCCUGAUGGGUGCACACGCACAUGUGAUCAAGAAUGAUAUCCAAGUCACUCUCAAGAAUAAGAGACCCGAGAAGAAGAAGAAGCGCUUCGCAAGCCUUAAGCGUACCGGUACCAUAUUGAAGCGUGCUCUUUCCGGUCGCACGAUUGUGGCCGAGAACGAAAGGGAGAAGGAAAAGUCUCCUGUUCCUGAAUCUGCUCUGACUGCUGUCUCAUCCGACGAAUCAGGUGCCAGCAGCACUGACUCUUCUGUCCGUCGAUCCGGCUCAGUCCACACCGUUGUUAAUCUUGAGGUCAUUACUGAGGAACCCGAACCAACCAAGGCUUCUGGCUCCAGCUCUGAAAAGGCUCAGUUGGCUGCUGCCGAGAAGGCUGCUGAGGCUGAUGAGCCUAUUGCUACUUCCCCUACCCGUGCCAUGACUUACCACGACCAACCCCUUCCUACGUUCCAGGCCCGCAACUCUGUCUCUGUUGCGACCAAGUGGGCGAAGCUCGAUCUUGCUGUCACUGCCUUUAUCAUCCUUGUCCCUCUGGCUGGUUGGUGCAUCGCCCGUACUGUUGCCUGGGAGGGUCCUUCGAACUGGUGCCCAACCACCAAGCUUCGUGGAACCUAUGUUAGUGCCAACUGCCGCUGGACCUAUGCCUUGAUCCCUGGUACGAUCCAGAUCGUUGUGGCCUCCAUCAUUGGUUACUUGGCUGUCUGGUCCGCCCGUGUCAUGCUCAGCCGCCGUGGUAAGGAUGUUGAGAAGGGCUUGCCAUACCCUGACUUUGCUACUGAAGACGAACGCUUGGCCACUGAGGACGGUAACUGGGAUGAGGGUGAUGUCGUCUACUCCCGUGGCCGCCUUGAUGUCAAGAAGGUCAUCCAGGGCUUCGUCGAUGCCGGUGUUGGUUCCAAGGCCAAGGGUCAGGGCUUGGUCUCUGUCUUUGGAGGUGGUCCUGAUGGCUUCGUCGAUAUGAUUGAGAAGCAAGUCAAGAAAGCCGACUGGUCCGCAGACUUCCACCGUGAGACCUGGGCUCCUUAAAGCAAUUCCCAUUUUUUUUUUUUUUUUUUUUUUUUUGCAAAAAAAAAAAAAAAAAAAAAAGAAGAGUAAUUCGGUCUCUAUUGUAUAUAUACAUGUAGUUACAUAGUUUUUAGCAUUCAUUAUCCAUUGUAAGUAAUAAACAUGAAUGUGUUUACAUAUUCAAAAUAAGAAAAACCGAU